AUGUUCGCCAGCGGCGCAUCGUAUGGCUUGUCUAUGCCUUCACAACCCCCGGCGAGCAAUGAUCUCGCGCACAUCAAAGCAGCGCUCAGCGGCUUCGCCGACCUCGCCAUCGAUAAGAACAUUGAGCGCACCACUGUUAUAUAUGUCGUCGGCUCUACUCUUCCCAAGCGAGUCCGCAAGCAGGGCGUCAAAGACAUCGGUUCAUCCCUGAACAGCAUCUUCCGCAGGGAGAGGAUUUUCCACAACGACAACGAAGCUUUGUAUUCGCUCGAGGGCAUACUAAGCAAAGCCAUCGACUACCACAUCACCGCCACGGACAUUGCCAUCACCGACGAUCGGUACAAGGAAUUGAUCGCUGCUAUCAAGUUCGAGCUUGAAAACAUAUCAGACAAGCAGAUUUUCUUCGCUCUCAUCGGCCGUUUCGUCUCCAAGGUCAGUGAUUGCUCGGGUGUGCCUGUGCCUGCAGCCAUCCUCGCUGCCAAGCGGAACGUGGCUUCGGGCUCUGUCGCUGGCCACUGGCAGACCAACACACUUCCGAUGAAAACUGGCUUCAACUGGAAUGUCAGCCAUGAGGGCAAUGCAACCACUGCAGCUGAAUCGGACGACAUGGACUACGACUUCGAUGGUGCUCCAGAUAUCCAGACCAGUUCCGCUCCAGGACCCGGAGACUCUCCCUUUCUUGGCGCUGGCAUGCUGCUCGAUCAGAAUGGGCUUUACGAGCUGAUGCAUAGUCUGGAUGCCAAGGUCCUCCAUGACAUACACAUGGAAGUAUCAUCUCGUUCCACUCCUCCGUCAGACACGUGGCUUGACAACAAAUACAAAGACGGGGUACAGACCUCGCUCAUCGCUCUGGGCGACGCACGCAACUUCCUAGCAAGAGUGAAAGAGGUCUUGUACUCCAGAGACGUCGAGAUGGCCGACGUAUCCGCUCACGAUAGCUGGGCCGAUCCGACGCUGAACCAAGAAGAGUUCGACGCCCUGAAUCCCCUGGAAGCGCCACCUUCGCUUCAAAGGUUAUCAGUCGACAAGCGCCGACACUUUCUCUGUCGUAUGCUACGCAAAGCGAAGCGCAUGAACGACAAAGCACGGUCAGCGCAGAAAGAGCGCUUACAACCUUCAGAAAUGAUGGAUAUGGUGCAUCAAGACGAACUCGCAGUCCUUCACCGCAUCGACUCCGCAAUGCAGGGCUCAAUCUUCAAGCGAGAUGAUGCGGCAAUUGAGAGAGCGUACGAUAGCCAGUCUGAGUGUGAACUCCGUGAUUGCGGCAGACUCAACUCGUUUGUGGACAAGGUGAAAGGCUACCAUCGGCGUCUGAGGAACUUCAUCUCGUCUGCGAAGGGGCAUGUCGCCGACGCGUUUGGGUUGCGUGGCGACAGCGGUGCUUCCCAUACUGCCGAUGUACAGUACCCUGCUCCCCUUCCUCCGCCAGUCCAAGACAUCAAGGGCUCAUUCAUCUCCGCCCUUACGAACGCUAUCAACGCCAUGAACUCCAGCCUGAGCGCCACACACAACCUUGACCAACUCCUUCUCCAGCCAGCCGAGGUAGCCGAUCUCGUAUCUAGAUUGGAAGCUCGCAUGGCGAGCGAUCUUGGACAAAAGUACAUCGGCACGCCUUUGACAUAUCAGGAGCAAGAGACUCGAUAUGUUCAGGCUGCGAACCACUUUCUACAGUGGAUACAGAAUACCCACUGCUUUCGUGAGACGGUCAAGGAGUAUCGUCAGUUGACAUCUUGA